UCAAAGCGUAUUUAUAAUUCUCGUCAUAAUUUACACGCUGACGUCAUUUCAUGAAUCGCAAUCUUCACUGCCUAAAAUUCCUAAGAGACCAGUACACACGCGAGAUAUAAAAGGCUAUAGAUUUCAACAAAUAUACACGCAGAAAAACGAAUAUUCCUCUUUCGUCUGUGGCUAAACACACUACGAAAAGAAAUGAUGGAGAAAUUUAAUAAAAGUUUGGAUAAAUUGCAAAAUAAUUUAUUUUCAAAUAAGAUCUUCGGUUGACACAAUAAAUUUUACAAUUAGUCGCGUUAUUUGUCCCACUGAAAUAAAACGUGUGGUGAUUAUCAAAGAUCUUUUCGAAAUAAAUGCAGCUUUGUGCACACCUGACAGGUGGUAAACUUGCGACACUACUUUAUAUGAAAUUCACGUAAUGACAGUCGGACAAAGAUAUCAAUCUUUUUUGCGUUCAAUGCUACAAGCUUUGGAAACCGCAACAAUGACUGAGGAAAUCUGUGCAGAGAAAUUGCCUGCAACGAAAAAAAUUCGUCGGAAUCAAAUAAUAGCCGGUGCUGUAGCAUCCUUAACACUAAUAUCGUGUGGAUUAUGUUUCGCCUGGCCAACGGUCUAUCUACAAAAUGGGAAACGUGCAGUACCCGUACCUCCUGACAUGAGGAAAUGGGUAGACUCUGCAUUACUAGUAGGUGCUAGUCUUGGACCAAUCCUUUCUGGUUUACUAAUUGACCGUAUUGGUAGAAAAUGGUUCCUGUACCUGAUAGUAACGCCAUUUCUUGCCUCUUGGAUACUCAUCUUUUUCGCCAAAAAUUUUACGCUAUUUUUCGUGGCAAGACUUGUCGGAGGAUUGUCAGUUGGAGCUAUAUACACUGUAGUUCCUAUAUAUAAUGGAGAAAUUGCUGAAACAGGAGUCAGAGGAACUGUCAACGCGAUUGCAGCAGUGGCGCUUAAUUUGGGAUACAUAUUUACCUAUGGCGUAGGUCCGCUUUUGGACAGAAAGGAUCUGGCAGUGAUUAAUUUGAUACCAGUGAUGAUAUUUGGAUUAACGUUUGUAUGGAUGCCCGAGUCACCUUACUAUUAUUUGAAAAAGCAAAGACAAAGAGCUGCAGAAGUAUCUUUGACAUGGUUAAGGAGUCAAAUUAACAAUGAACAAGAAAUAGAUGAGAUAAAAGCUUUUAUAGAAAGCGAAGAGAAAGGUAGCAUUAAAAAAGUGUUCACCGUACCAACGCACAGAAAAGCACUCGUGACGUUGAUGCUGCUAUUUGCGGGUCAACAGAUAUCUGGACUGAUGGCUAUUCAGUCUUUCACUAGAUUUUUAUUACCACAGAUAAGUAGAGAAGUGGAUAUUGAGGCUACCCUCAUUAUUAUAGCCACAAUAAUCUUAGUGGGAAGUGCAGUAACUGUAUUUGUUGCGGACAGAUUUGGUAGAAAACCUAUACUUCUAUUGUCCGCAUACACCGUUGCACUAACUCUUCUUGCUGCAGGGGCAUACUCUUUUGUUCGUACAAAUGUGACGAAACUCGAUAACUUGCCUUGGUUACCAUUAGUUAUAAUUGGAGUUCAUUGCUUUGUCUAUUCCUUUGGUUUAGGUUCUAUCCCGACAAUCGUGUCCUCGGAAAUCUUUCCAAUGAAAGUGAAAAGUUUGGCAGUCAUGGUCGCAAAUAUCUUUUCAUUUCUAGUAGCUUUGGUAGUCACUAUAUGUUAUCCAUUCGUAGUCGAUGCGUAUGGUUAUUACAUAGUAUUCUUUGUUUUUGGUGUACUCGAACUUAUAGUCGCAAUUGCUACAACUAUCAUUAUGCCAGAAACGUCGCAAAAACCUUUCAUAAAAAUUCAAGAGAUUUUGAAAGAAAGUACAGAUAACAAGGUAAACGAACCCUCAACCAGCACAGCAGAACCAGUUAAAGUUAAAGAAGACACGGCAUAAUUUAAGAUGAAUGUGGAAACAAUGCAAUGGAAAUCAUAUUAUUUUUUAAGAAGUUCGGAUUCAACACAUACAUGCAGACUGUAUUAAAAAGUAAAGAUAUUUGAACAACGAAAUAUAUAUUUUUAUAACGAAACAAGUAAAUACAGUACUGAAAGGAAAGAAAAUGUUAAAGUUUUCAUUGCACCUUCUCCUUAAUAAUCUUUACAUCAAAGGCUGACUAAAUUACGUAUUUAUUUACAUUCUCUUGCACUAUAACAUAAUA